AUGGCAGCCGACCGAAAGACUUUGAGGAUACCGAAAACAAUACAUGAUCAGAUUCUAAGAGAUUCCGGCCUCACGACUGUACAGCAGAAAUUUCAAUCCAAUCCAGGCACGAGAAAACAAAAUCGCAAAGCUGCAAGAGACCAGAAAAAAGGUCUCAAAAGAGGCCCACCACCGCAAAAACGCCAGAAACUCAACCGUACGAGCACUCCUGAAAUCUAUCAGGUGUCGCCUCAAGUUUCUGAUUCAUCUUCGGUAAAUUCUCAAAGUCUCCGAGGAGAUAGAAAGCCACAGCUUUUAUCCACUAUUUCGUCAAAAUGUAGUAGUUCCUCCAGAACAACCCACGAAGAUAAAUCUGAGGAAAAUGACAAGCUACUGUCAGCACCGACGCCUGUAGUAUCAAGAGCAGCUUUGGAAAAGUUGGCUCAGGAUGAUGAUGAGAUUGCUGCACUCGAAAAGAAACUUGGGCUUAAGAAAUCAAAGAAGUUACCCAGGUCCUUCGAAGAUGAUGGGCUUGAUAUUCUUCUCGGCGAUCUAGAUAAUAUCGAAGAUCUUGUCCCUGAAAAAAAAAAGGCUGUGGAUUUCGAAAGCGAAAAAUGGCUAAAGCGCAAGAGAAAAGAAGCUCUCGUGUUUAAAGAAACCAACGAUUCAAUGUAUCAAAAUCAGAACCAUGGCGAGGAAGACCUGCACUCCAGUACUUCACAAAAUGGUCACAGGCCAGUAGAUAAAGGUUUGAUAACGACUAAUCAUAGUAGUCUUUCCCAGGACGAAAGCUUUUCUGGAUUUGAAUCCGAUGACAUAUCACCUAGUAUCCCGAUAUCCCAGGGUGAUUUACAAUCGACUCAGCAUACCUCUAAUGUAAAACAAAAGUAUGUACCGCCAUCGUUAAGAGCUUCAAAUUCUUCUCACACCGAAGAUCUCCUCCUCAAAAGACGAAUUCAGGGUUUGAUAAAUAGGUUGACGGAGACUAACCUACAAGCAAUUCUUUGGGAAAUAGAGAAGCUCUAUCAACAAAACGCUCGACAUAAUGUCACGUCUGUUCUUGUCAAUAUAUUACUAGUCUCUGUCUGUGAGCCCACAAACCUUCCGGAUACGCUUAUUAUUUUGUGUGCUGGCUUUAUCACCGCUGUUUACAAGGUCAUCGGAACAGAUUUUGGAGCGGAGAUUGUUCAGCAGAUCGUAGAAUUAUUUGACAAACACUAUACCCAUGCAUGCGCAUUAAAAUCAAAUCCAAUAGUUAACAGCAGGGUAGAUUUCACUAAGGAAUCAUCUAAUCUGAUCACACUUUUGGCGCAAAUGUACAACUUUCAUGUUUUGGGGAGCAAUCUCGUGUUCGAUUAUAUACGAUUUCUCUUGGAAGAACUUUCAGAACUUAAUGCUGAACUUCUCUUAAAAGUAAUCCGAACUUCGGGCCCUCAAUUACGUCAAGACGAUCCCAGUUCACUUAAGGAUGUUGUUGUAACGUUAAAAUCAGUAGCUGCGCGAGUUGGUGAGAAGAAUAUAACUGUGCGAACAAAGUUCAUGAUGGAGACAAUUGAUGACCUUAAGAAUAAUCGGAUGAAAACAGGCGGUGUCGCUUCUGCCGUUACAUCUGAACACAACAUACGUAUGAAGAAAAUAUUGGGAUCUUUAAAUAACCGGACCGUAAAAGCCUCGGAGCCUCUACGCAUAAGUCUCAAAGAUAUUCAGGACUCAGACAAAAGAGGGAAGUGGUGGCUUGUUGGCGCCAGCUGGUCUGGGCCUGUCAAAGAAGAGAGCAAAAAGACAGAUGAUCUAAAGAUUAUAAGUCACGAUAGAGACCCGGGAGCCUUGGAUUUCUCGCAGCUAGCAAGAGAACAGCGCAUGAACACUGAUAUCCGUAGAGCAAUAUUUGUCAGUAUCAUGUCCGCCACGGAUUAUGAAGACGCUCACGUCCGUCUGAUGAAACUUAAAUUGAAAAAAAUUCAAGAAUACGAAAUUCCGAAGGUCUUGAUCCGCUGUGCUCUAUCUGAAAGCAGCCAUAAUCCCUACUAUACUCUACUUGCCAAGAAAAUAUGUGGUGAAAAAAGAUUGAGAAUGUCUUUUCAGUACUGCUUGUGGGAUCUGUUUAAAAGAAUGGAAGAGUCAGAAGAUGACGAUAAAUCUGAAAGGGACGAAGAAGAGCUGGACAUGAGACGGCUGGUAACCCUAGCAAAGUUAUAUGGUGCCCUUAUUGCAGAGGGUUCUUUAAGCCUAAGUAUUCUCAAACCUCUCAAUUUGGAUUACUUCCAGCCAAAAAUGAAGAUUUUUGUUGAGAUAUUAUUUAUAACUAUAUUUCUACGGACCCAAACGCUUGAAAUGAAAGUUGAGGAAAAAACAAUAGCCAACAUACUUUCAAAAGUUCCUGAUACUCCUCGAUUACUUAUGGGGCUACAAGGAUUUCUGAAAAAGGUCGUCUACAACACUGAUAUAGCUGGAGGAAAACAAGCUAGCGAAACGAUCAAGCUUGCAUGUAAAUAUGCUACUGCUACUAUCAAGAAGAUGCUCGACCAAAAGGCAUAG